AUGCCUAAUAUAUUCCGUGAAGGGGCUUUUCAGCUGUCGAAAACUAUAAGAGCAAUCUCAACAAACCUCCAAGUACCUGUCUGGUACAUCAAACAUAGUCCAAACAACAUCAUCCCGACCGAGAAAGAACCACUCGCCAAGUCGAAUCACCGAUCUCUACGUCUCCCUGCAUUUUACGUUCAAGUCCAUUUCAUCGAGGAUGUUCCCGGUACAGCCAUUGUUGGCGGCAAAGUGCACCCUCAUUUCGCCGCCGUGACGAUCUAUCAUGUUGCUCGUGCGUUCCAGAGUGACGCAAUGAAGCAGAAAUUCUUGACCGGCAUUGGCAAUAUCCCGAAUCUAUUUUUUGAGACAAAAGAAAUGGAAUGGGAAUAUCUCAUUGCGGAGGCUUUGAGAGAUUUGUGGAAGAUGAAUGGCCUGAUUGAACCACAGUCUGGCUCCGAGAGAGAAAAGAGAUGGGCGCAACUGAACAAGGCCAUGAAGCUGUCGUGA